UCGGGGCCAGCAGCCACCUGUGAGCCUUCUGCAACUGCAGGCGGCGGUGGCAUCUCCGGCCGGAGACAGGAGGAGCCGCUCGGCGGACCCCGCCCGCCUGCCCGCCGGGCGCACACACACUCACAUCCGCGCUGCGCACACACGCACAGCCGCUCGCAGCGGCAGCCGCAGCGAUGCCCGCCAGCAGGUUGGGGAAGUUUCCCGCCGCCGGCCCUGGCCACGGGCCCCGGUGCUCGCAGGUGUAACACCCGGUUCGGCCUUGGGUUCGGUGCCCGAGGCCCGGCGUCUCCAACAUGACCCGCCGGAGCCUGUGGGAUGUGUCGGAGGUGGCCAACGUGGAGGACGGAGACGUCCGCAUCAACGUCGGGGGCUUCAAGAGGCGGCUGCGCUCGCACACGCUGCUGCGCUUCCCGGAGACGCGCCUGGGCCGCCUGCUGCUCUGCCACUCCCGGGAGGCCAUCCUGGAGCUCUGCGACGACUACGACGACGCCCAGCGCGAGUUCUACUUCGACCGCAACCCCGAGCUCUUCCCCUACGUGCUGCACUUCUACCGCACCGGCCGGCUGCACGUCAUGGCCGAGCUGUGCGUCUUCUCCUUCAGCCAGGAGAUCGAGUACUGGGGCAUCAACGAGUUCUUCAUCGACGCCUGCUGCAGCUACAGCUACCACGGCCGCAAAGUGGAGCCGGCGCAGGACAAGUGGGAGGAGGAGCAGAGCGACCAGGAGAGCACCUCGUCCUCCUUCGAUGAGAUCCUGGCCUUCUACAACGACGCCGCCAAGUUCGAGGGCCAGCGCCUGGGCCGCAUCCGGCGGCGGCUGUGGCUGGCGCUGGACAACCCCGGCUACUCGGUGCUGAGCCGGGUCUUCAGCAUCCUGUCCAUCCUGGUGGUGCUGGGCUCCAUCAUCACCAUGUGCCUCAACAGCCUGCCCGACUUCCAGAUCCCUGAUGGCCAGGGUGACCCGGGAGAGGACCCCCGGUUCGAAAUCGUGGAGCACUUCGGCAUCGCCUGGUUCACGCUGGAGCUGCUGGCCAGAUUCGCCGUGGCCCCCGACUUCCUCAAGUUCUUCAAGAACGCCCUCAACCUCAUCGACCUCAUGUCCAUCGUCCCCUUCUACGUCACGCUGGUGGUGAACCUGGUGGUGGAGAGCACGCCCACCUUGGCCAACCUGGGCCGGGUGGCCCAGGUGCUAAGGCUGAUGCGGAUUUUCCGCAUCUUAAAGCUGGCCAGGCACUCCACCGGCCUCCGCUCGCUGGGGGCCACCCUCAAAUACAGCUACAAGGAAGUAGGGCUGCUUCUGCUCUACCUCUCGGUGGGGAUUUCCAUCUUCUCCGUGGUGGCCUACACCAUCGAGAAGGAGGAGAACGAGGGCCUGGCCACCAUCCCCGCCUGCUGGUGGUGGGCCACCGUCAGCAUGACCACGGUGGGGUACGGGGACGUGGUCCCCGGGACCAUGGCGGGGAAACUGACCGCCUCCGCCUGCAUCCUGGCGGGGAUCCUCGUGGUGGUCCUGCCCAUCACCCUGAUCUUCAACAAGUUCUCCCACUUCUACCGGCGCCAGAAGCAGCUGGAGAGCGCGAUGCGCAGCUGUGACUUCGGAGACGGGAUGAAGGAGGUCCCGUCCGUCAACUUGAGGGACUACUAUGCCCAUAAGGUUAAGUCCCUCAUGGCGAGCCUGACAAACAUGAGCAGGAGCUCGCCGAGCGAAUUAAGUUUAAAUGAUUCCCUACAGUAGCGAGGGAGGAGGACGUGUCCUCACACCCACAAUGUUGAGCUGCCCCUCGUGCCUCUUACUCAGUCCAGGCACCUUAGGGUGAUGGCAGAAGGAGGUGGCCAGCCCCGAAAGGGAGAGAUGCAUGGGCUAUGCAGCCAGGUUGCUUCCACAGUAGUUAAGAGUCCUUUCCAGAGGGCGGUGUGUCUGGCACCAUGCCUUCGCGCCUUUCGAUGAAAUGACACCUCACGGGUGUUUUGCAUCACGGGCAAUAGAACGUUUUUGCCUUUCUGCUGGAUGAAUACCCCCCACAAGAAUGCUAACUUUUCUGUUCUCCGUGUUCUCUAGUGCUCGUGGCCCCCAGUACUGUCUGUGAGGUUUCUGUGCUCUUUUUCUAAGGUUGUCAUUGUGAGAUCUGUACACAAAGCCCCUUACCUGUCUGUCCAGUGGAAACACAUCUGUGGGGUCAGCAAGGAUAUGCUGGGAUUUUGCUCACAUACGUGAGAACAGAAUCUCAAUGUUUGUUUUUUGUUUGUUUGUUUGUUUUGUUUUUUAAUUCAUGGCCUUCAUUCGUUUUAAUACCAAAACAAGAGAAUGUGAAGUUAAGCACACGCCCAACACAGGUCUGUGAGUUGGGUUAGGAAUGAUCGUAGCUCUGUGAUUUGCAUGGGAACCUGGUCACCUUUAGAACACUAUGUGUUGACGUUUAUCUCGUAAAUGUUGCUCUGUUAACCACGUAGCGAAGAUAGAAAUUUUUCCCCUAGAACAGCUGCUUUAGGGACAGGGGCUUCCAUUAAACAUAGGUCAAUCAGACUUUUCAAAGGUGGGCCUCUGUCUUUCCUGGGGUGACCGUGCAGGCGUCUGUUUUCUAGCUUAGGUUCCCGGUCUAGCCCAUUUGACCAAACUUUGCUGUGUCUUAGGGAUUAGCAUGUUUUUGAAAUGUUUGUUCUUUAAAAAUGUUUAAAAAUAA